AUGGGUCCCAUCACCACCACACUCACCACCCUCCUCUCCCUCACAACCCUCGCUCUCGCCGAGUCUCCAGCAGGGACCCCGCGCAUCAACUCCAUCAGCUACUCAGGCAGCGGAUGCCCACAGACACAGGCCAAAUUCAGCGGCAGCCUGAACGACCCGACCCUCACCUUCAACCACUUCGCCAUCGAGUACCCCAACACGGUAAACCGGACGGCCAACUGCCAGGUGCACCUGCAGGCCAAGGGCGUGUCGGCAGGCUGGCAGGUUUCCAUCAAGGAUACGUUCGUGGACGGCCACGUGACCCUGGACCCAGGCGCAGCGUUGGAUUACUUCUCGACUGUUUACUAUAGCUCGAGUGCGGACGAUGCUGUUACCAGCAAGGGGACACUCUCCAACGAUGGCUCGUCCAGGAUUGACAAGGCAGUCACCCUCCAGAACCACUUCAACGCCAGGGCCUGGUCAUCGUGCACGACAUCCUCAGAUGACGGAUUUGGCAUCCUGAACAUCAACUUCCGCGGUGCUCUACGCAAUGAGAAGUCGUACUUUGAGGCGACUAGUGAGACUUGGGACUUGGAUUGGAGGAGGUGCUAA